GAUGGCUGUGAGUGACGUUUGAUCAGAUUAUUAUAAUCAUUGCAGAAUAAACAAACUUGUCUAGAGGCGAUAAAAAGGCCACAAUGGCACAAGUGGCAGGGACUGCUCUGACUGUCUCAUUCACAGGAGGCAUCAGGCACAGCUACUUCAGCUCAUGUCCAGUUUGAAGACUGGAUGAUGUUACUUUUUCUGCCCUCACCUAUGCAUUUACUGCAUACUUUCUCAUUCACUAUUGGACGUCACUUCUAGCAAGGCUGCGUUUAUCCUCUGGUAUUUUGGAGCACUGAUGAUAUGAUGAUAAUCAUUUGGAAUGUACUUUUACAAGCAUUUUUGCUGGCACUGGUCAAAGCAAACCAGAGGAGCUCCAGGGACCCUGCCAACUGCAAGCUCAACAAGAAACAAAGUCAGUUGAACUCCUUUCUCUGGACCAUCAAACGAGACCCUCCAGCAUACUUAUUUGGCACCAUUCAUGUUCCUUACACAAGGGUGUGGGAUUUUAUCCCAGAAAACUCGAAGAAAGCUUUCCAGCAGAGCAAUAUUGUAUACUUUGAGUUGGAUUUGACAGAUCCCUACACAAUCUCUGCGCUGACCAGUUGCCAGAUGCUGCCUCAGGGUGAGAAUCUACAAAGUGUUCUUCCUAGGGAUAUUUAUCGCAGACUCAAACGCCAUUUGGAAUAUGUUAAACUCAUGAUGCCCUCAUGGAUGACUCCAGAUCAAAGAGGGAAAGGUCUUUAUGCUGAUUAUUUAUUCAAUGCCAUUGCUGGAAACUGGGAACGAAAGAGACCAGUAUGGGUAAUGCUCAUGGUGAAUUCCCUGACAGAGGUUGAUAUUAAAUCAAGGGGAGUCCCAGUACUGGAUCUUUAUCUUGCUCAGGAAGCAGAGCGUCUUAAAAAAAUAACUGGGGCAGUCGAGAAAGUAGAAGAACAAUGUCACCCGCUUAAUGGGUUGAGUUUGUCACAGGUUAUAUUUGCCCUAAACCAAACUCUCUCGCAGCAGGAGAGCCUUCGUGCUGGAGGUCUACAAGCUCCAUACACCACCGAGGACCUCAUCAAACAUUACAACUGUGGAGACCUGAACGCCAUAAUAUUCAACCAUGAUUCUUCACAAGUGCCUAAUUUUAUAAAUGCCACACUCCCACCACAUGAACAAACAACUGCACAAGAGAUCGAUAGCUAUUUUCGGCAAGAGCUAAUCUACAAAAGAAACGAACGUAUGGGGAAGAGAGUGAAAGAUCUAUUAGAAGAGUUUCCGCAAAAGAGCUUUUUCUUUGCUUUUGGUGCAGGUCAUUUCAUGGGUAACAAUACUGUCAUUGAUGUCUUAAAACGAUACGGCUAUGAUGUGCAUCACACCCCUGCUGGAAAGUCAAUCAUGAGUGGCAAAAGUAAAAAGUCUCCUACCUCAAAGUUGUCACCUUCUCCAGCUUCAAUGUUAUCAUCCCCAUGCGCAUCUAUGAGGCCUAAAAUAAACCCACUCAAAGAGAAAGAGAUGAUACCCAACCUGCUCAUGUCUGAUAAUGUAGAUGGAAUGGCCAAGGAUGACAGGAAGUACAAAAAGAAGAAGCCAAAGAAGGAAAAACACCGUCACUUUAGUGACCUCUGGGUUCGCAUUCAAGAUAGUGUCACUGACCCUCCCCCACACAUCCAAAUUAUUAAUGGAUAUAUAACACUGGAACCACAACCCAGAAGAUAUGGAAAUGACUCUUUUAUGCAGGCAGUUAACAGUGGCUCUUCAGCGCAAUCAGUUUUCACUGUUCUAUUACUGUUUAUUUGCCAUUUACAGCAAAUGCUAAUACAGUGAGGAUCUGAAAGAAUAAAACACCAAUAUACUUGAAUGGGCAUUCAUGCAAAUGGAAAAUACACUGGUCCCUCAAGUUACAAUAUAAAUUGGUUGCAGGAUGACCAUUAUAAGAUAUAAAACCAUUGUAACUUAAGUUUGUAACUCUAAGGAAAAAAUGGAAUUGGUUCCAAAGCCCCAAAAUGUCAGACCAAGAUAAAAGAAAAUGAAGAUUUAAGAAAAAUAAUCAGAUAUCUAAGACAGAUAAAGCAAGUCCUUACAUAUGAAAGUCCGGAAUA